AAUCCUUGUCGUGCUGUGGGUCUCAUUGUUCUCUUUGGGGUUCUCAUCAUCUUGGUAUCAGAGCAUCAGAUCCCUAAAUCAGCAAGAAUUUAAUUGAACAUAUUGAGCAUGUGCGAAUGGUACUAGAGGUGUUGAGAACAGAAAAGUUGUUUGCUAACCUUAAAAAGUGUUCCUUUUGCACAAAUCAGAUUGUUUUUUUAGGGUAUGUUGUUUCAGCUGAUGGAAUCACAGUAGAUGAAGAAAAGGUUAAGGCUAUUAAAGAAUGGCCGACACCUAAAAAUAUUUCUGAGGUGUGGAGUUUUCAGGGUUUGGUGAGUUUCUACCGGAGAUUCAUCAAGGAUUUCAGCACAAUUGCAGCACCGUUGACUGAAAUUGUGAAAAAAAGUGUUGGAUUUAAGUGGGAAAGUGAACAGGAGAAUGCUUUCAAUUUAAUUAAGGAAAAUGUAAUUUCUGCACCAUUACUUGCUUUACCUAAUUUUACUAAAACUUUUGAAAUUGAAUGUGAUGCAUCAAGUAUUGGCAUUGGUGCUAUUUUGAUGCAAGAGCGGCGACCUAUUGCAUUUUUCAGUGGAAAAUUGACUGGCGCAGCACUUAACUAUCCUACUUAUGACAAGGAGAUGUAUGCAUUGGUAAGAGCUUUAGAGACAUGGCAGCAUUAUCUUUGGCCUAAGGAGUUCGUGAUACAUACUGAUCAUGAGUCGUUGAAGCACCUGAAGGGACAAGGUAAGUUGAAUAGACGACAUGCUGAGUGGGUGAAAUUCCUUGAGACGUUUCCCUAUGUGAUCAAGUAUAAGCAAGGAAAGGAAAACAUUGUGGCUGAUGCAUUAUCUCGCAUGAAGGGUACUUGUUUAGAGAAAAUCGAUUAUGUGUGCCUAACUGUUCCUUAAGAGAAUUGAAACAGAAUCUGAUUCUGGACGUUUAACGCAUGGUGUUGACACCUUGGUUACGUGUCGAUACUACACCCAUGUCGGGUUUCGGGUUUCUGGUUUCCUUUUGCAAUUUCUUCAAUGGUAAAAUAGCAGAUUUGGUUCCUGACUUCUGGAUUCUGCACAAGUUGAUCCUCAAAUCUUUGAUCUCUUCAAUUUACUUCUAAAAAGUAGAAUUUCUUCUAAUUAAAUCCUUUCCUACAC